AUGCGCUCGGUCCGUUCUAUACCCUCAAAAUAUCACCAUUUCAAUUACAGUACCAGCGGCGGUAAUCACGGAAGAAAAUAUCGCCGCGCAGAGUUCGCAACAUGUCGGAUUCAUCAAUUGAGGAGCGGGCUGGACAGUGUCACAAACGCGCUAUGGGAGCGCACCGGACGCGCCUUCCGGCGCCAAUUUGGCUUCCAGAAGACGGAGGACAUGAAGUCUGGGGCCAAGGAGGAGGCCACAUCGCAGCAGCAGCAAGAUGGCAAAGGGGCCAGUGAACCGAAAGCUUGGAGCGCCCUAGACGCCCCCGAGGGUGUCAUCGAGGCCGCGGAGGCGAGCCGCGGAACAGAGUCCGGCAGUAGCAGUGCGGGAGCUGACAGUAGCAGUGCCGGUGCCGGUGCUGGUGCAAAUGCCGGCAGCACGAACACGAACGGAAGCGGUGGCGGUGUUGGCAGCGGCGGCUACAGCACACCUUCGCUGUCCCGAUCGCCCGCUCUCCGACUGGAGGUCUCCGUCGUGGACAGCAUCAGCAAGGUCUCCCGCGAGGAGUGGGACGCGGUGGCUACUCGCUGUGGCGGUGGCGGUGGUGAUAGUGGUGGUGGCGGGGAGGUGAACCCCUUCCUGCUGUGGUCCUUCCUUCACGCGUUGGAGGACAGCGGGUCAGCGUCUCCUCGUACCGGCUGGCUACCUCAGCACAUUCUAGUACGGCAGAUACUUGACGAGCAUCCGCCAGGCAAUACUGCAGGUAUGGACUGUACGGCUUUGGGAAGGGGCGACCCGGCUGCGGCUGUGGAGGCUGCGGAAGCUCGUCAAGCGGCCUCAGCUAAGCGCCUGGUGGGUUGUGUUCCCAUGUACCUUAAGGGCCAUAGCUACGGAGAGUACGUGUUCGAUAACUCCUGGGCGGACUUUGCGAGCAUGCUGGGUGUGAGGUACUACCCCAAGCUUCAGGCCGGAGUCCCCUUCACUCCUGUCAGCGGCCCCCGGCUCAUGGUGUCCAACGAGCUGCCGCCCGCGGACCGGGCUGCGGUGGUGCGAGCGCUGGGCAAGACGCUCAUCGACAUGGCGGAGUCUCUGGGAGUGUCCGGUGUGCACCUGACCUUCACCACAGCUCAGGAGUGGGCGGUGUUGGGGGAGUUGGGCUUCCGGCAGCGGUUAGGCAUACAGUUCCACUGGGAUAACAACGAGUACGACAGCUUCGAGGACUUUCUUGGGGAGUUGAAACAAUCUAAACGGAAGAGCAUUCGACAGGAGCGCCGCAGCAUCGAGCGCUCCGGUCUGUCCGUGCACCGGCUGUCCGGUCACCAGCUGGGUGCCGCCCACUGGGACCGCUUCCACUCCUUCUACCUGGCCACAGUGAACCGCAAGUGGGGUAACGCCUACCUGACCCGGGAGUUCUUCCACCGACUGGGGGAGGACCUGGCGGACAGGGUGCUGCUGGUGGCCGCAUUCGAGGACUCCCCUUCCCCCCACCCUUCCGCCUCCUCCUCCUCCUCCUCCUCCUAUUCAUCAUCCUCACCGCCACCCGCGGACAAGAUGGUGGCGGGGGCGCUCAAUCUGGUGGGCUCGCACGCGCUGUUUGGCCGCAACUGGGGGCAGCUAGAAGGGCGGGAGUACCGCAACCUUCACUUUGAGCUGUGCUAUUACCAGGUACUGGAGGAGGCCAUCUCCCGGCGGCUACCCAGGGUGGAGGCGGGGGCUCAGGGGGAACACAAGCUGCAGAGGGGUUACCUGCCCUCCUUCACAUACAGUUGCCACUACCUCCGAGACCCCCGGCUGGGUGCGGUCGUGGACAGGUUCCUGUCGCGGGAGAGAACACAAAUCGAGUAUGCGCUCAAGGUCAUGAGCGUGACGUCAUCGCCGUACAAGGAGGCGCGUACGGUCACAGCGCUGGUUGGAAAACUACGCAGCUACAACAGCGUUAGCAGCGGUAGCUUUGACACCGACAAUGAGGAGGGGAAGGCGGUGGCGGAAGGGGAAGGGCAGGAAGGGGGGGAGGAGCAAGAAGGGGCGUCCAAGGAGGUGGUGGUGGUGGCUGACAACGGAGCAUGAACGCUGGCUUCAAGAACCGCUCAUUGGUGGUUCCAGGGACUUUGUCACUACGAGAGAUGAACAGUUAGCGAGCGGAGUCAGGGGAUACGGCGGGUGUUAGCAAAGAGCAGCAGCACCAAUCUGUUAAAUUGCCUGAUGCCGUGGGGGUUCGCAGAAUCCGGUCCUUCAUCAGCUGAUGUUGGCUGCGUCGAGCGCAGCAGUGCUUAAGGCUCCUGCCCGUCGUAAGCUCUUUCGGGUUUCGGCUCCGAUGAGCUGCGGGUGGGCGUGGGGAUGCAGCAGGCGGCAUUAUUAGCCAGUCCUGGAAGCUGGUACAAGCAUUGGCGAAGCCGGCUGUAUCCGGCCUAUGCUGCUAUUUUUUCAACCACGCAAUCCGCCGCAGCUCGUCUCCAGCGAUCUGCAUGAAUUCUUUGCUUUCAAAACCCCAGUGAUUUACCAUAUGUUGGUUUGCAUUUUUCGUCCGUCCUUCCGUCGGAUUGCCCUUGUGUAUGUAUACAUGUGCUCCUAAGGGCUUUCAUUCCUGAACGGGCGUCUGUACCAUCUUAAUAUGAAUAAUAUAAUGACCACUAUUAUUGACUUUUAAAACGUCCG